UGGCUCCACGCAUCCAGCACCAGCAGCCGCCUCACUGCUAUCAGACUCGGGAGGAUUUAGUGUUAAAAAAAACCCUAGGAGGAGGGGUGGUGGGGAAGAAAAUAAAGGAAACGGAAGCCAACCAAAAGAGUAAUAGUAGCAGCAGCAGCACCAGCAGAGGGACCCUCCUCCUCUGAUCACCCCGGCUUCUCCUGCUCACUGCACACUCAUAUUAUAUAGGGAGCUACAGUCUAGGGAGCCGGAGACUGGAGGACUUAUUGGGACCAUGCAUUCCUGCCUACCCUGUACUCUGCCCAUGUGUGCCACCUCUCCCGGGAUUAUCGCAUUCACCGGCUGGAUUCUUCUAUUCACUACCUUUGUGCGAAUAUCUUUGGGAUCCUCAUUCCUGACAGGCUCUGUGGCGAAAUGUGAAAAUGAAGGCGAAUCCCUGCAAAUUCCAUUCAUCACUGAUAAUCCGUGUAUCUCCUGCCUGUGUCUGAGCAAAGAAGUGACCUGCAAGAGAGAGAAAUGUCCAGUGGUUUCCAAGGACUGUGCUCUGGUUAUUAAGCAGAGAGGAGCUUGCUGUGAACGCUGUAAAGGUUGCAAUUCCCAUGGCUAUCUAUACAACAGUUCCAUGAAAUGGCAAGACACUUCUCAACCCUGCAUGACUCUACAGUGCCAGGAAGGAGUUAUAACGGAAUCUGAAGUUCAGUGUUUAGUUCACUGUAUGAACCCAUUAAAACAGUCAGGAUUAUGCUGCCCUACAUGUCCAGGUUGUGUAUAUGAAGGCCAACACUAUAAAGAAGGAGAUGAAUUUCAGCCAGAAGGAAACAAAUGCAUAAAGUGCUCCUGCAUCGGAGGCAGGACACAGUGCAUUAAAGAAGUCUGCCCCAUUCUCUCAUGCCCCCAGCAUCUCAGUCACAUUCCUACUGGACACUGUUGCCCAAAAUGUAUAGGCCAAAGAAAAGUGUUUGACCUGCCUUCUGGCAGCUGCUUGUUUCGAAGUGAUGUCUACGACAAUAAUUCCAGCUUUAUGUAUGACAGCUGCACGACAUGCACGUGCAGGGACUCUACUGUAGUCUGCAGGAAGAAGUGUUCUCCUGCUGGAAGUUGUAGCAAUGGGAAAGAGCACUGCUGUGAUGAGUGUGUCUCCUAUGUGCCUGCUGAAGAAGUGAAAGUCUGCAAGUCAGGAAACAAGAUAUUUAGGGAUGGAGAGAUGUGGUCUUCUGUCAACUGCACCAUCUGUUCUUGUGUGAAAGGCAAGACAGAAUGUCGCAAGAAGCAAUGCAUUCCAGUCAACAGCUGCCCCCAAGGCAAAAUAUUGAAUAGAAAAGGAUGCUGUCCUAUUUGCACUGAAAAACCUGGAGUAUGUACUGUAUUUGGAGACCCCCACUAUAAUACCUUUGAUGGACGGACAUUCAAUUUUCAAGGAACAUGUCAAUAUGUUUUGACCAAGGACUGUUCAACGUCUACCUCAUCGUUUCAAGUGUUAGUAAGAAAUGAUGCUCGGCGCACACACUCUUUUUCCUGGACAAAAACAGUGGACUUGGUAAUGGGAGGGAGCAGUAUUAGUCUUCAGCAGCAUCUCACAGUGAAAUGGAAUGGAACACGGAUCUCACUGCCUUAUGAAACACCCCAAUUUCAUAUAGAUCUUGAUGGUUACCUUCUAAAAGUGACUACCAAAACAGGUUUGGAAAUAUCUUGGGAUGGAGACAGCUUUGUGGAAGUGAUGGCAGCUCCUCAUCUAAAAGGAAAACUCUGUGGUCUGUGUGGUAACUACAAUGGACACAAAAGAGAUGAUCUCAUAGGUAGUGAUGGGAACUUCAAGUUUGACGUGGAUGACUUUGGUGAUUCGUGGAGGGUGGAAUCUAAUGAGUUCUGUAACCGCCCUCGUAGGAAGACUGCACCAGAAUUAUGUCAAGGGACUGUAAAGGUGAAACUUAGAGCUCACAGGGAAUGCCAGAAGCUAAAGUCCUGGGACUUCCAAAACUGUCACUCCACAGUUGACUAUGCCAUAUUCUACAAGUCGUGUGUGACAGACAUGUGUGAAUGCCCAGUUCAUAAAAAUUGCUACUGUGAAUCAUUAAUUGCUUACGCCAGAGCAUGUUUAAGAGAAGGUGUGAAAGUUCACUGGAAACCAGAAAAUAACUGUGCAGCAAUCCAAUGUAAACAUGGAGCAGUAUAUGACACCUGUGGUCCAGGAUGCCUUAAGACAUGUGAAAACUGGAAUGAAAUUGGUCCGUGCAGUAGACCUUGUGUGGCUGGCUGUCACUGCCCUGCUAAUUUAGUACUUCACAGAGGAAAAUGCAUCAAACCAGCUCUCUGUCCACAGCGGUGACACAAAUCUUUCAUCAAGAACUCUUAAAUGCUGAUGGGUUUUUUUUUUCAAAGCUCUCAGCCAAUGAAGGACUCGACUGUUUGAACACAGAACUUGUAAAAUUAUUAAAUGCCGACACAUUCACACACAGAAACAAGCAACUAAUAUAAAUAUGAUAUAUAUAUAUAUAAAUAUAAAUACAAAAUUAUACAUCAUUUAUAUAAGCAAAGAAAGACAAUUUAUUAUAUGUAUAUUUUUUGCUAUAAGGUUUAUGUAUUAUUUUUUAGGUUUUUAUCCUUUAAACUAUUUGAACAAUUGUAUAAAUAAAACAGAUGUUUCUAAUUUAAUAUGGUGGCACAGGAAAGUGUUCUAACUGGCUUUGCCAUUUCUAAAGCUCUACAUUUUUUUUUACAAAAAUACUUUUUGUGGCAGAAACCUUUGCCAAAAUGGAUUUAUUUCAACAUUCAGAUUGAAUUUACAGCUGAACUUGAAACAUGCACCACUGGAAACAGAAGAUUUGCUUCGGACGCGUUGAUAGAAGAAAGUAAAGUAAACAAUUUAUCAGCUGGCUGCUGGUUGGUGACAGAAUCUAAUGACCCUGCGCUACAGUAUGAAGCUGCUUUUUGCAGCCUAUAAGUAAUGGAAUAUCAUUUUUAAGAAGAUAAGGUAUUUGGUAUCCAAAACUCGCAUUAAG